AUGUUCAAACCAUCAACACGGCACAAUGUGCCAGCGGCGACAGCGCACGACGUCAAGUUGCAUAAGCGAGCGUCGGCCGCGAGCGGACGGUAUCCCUUCCGGCUUAACUUCUACGACCGGCCACCGUUGCUCGACAUCACGCUGGACGAGUUUGAGACGUGCGCGCUCGAGCGGCUGCGCGUGCUGUCGUACCUCGAGUCGCUGUCGCACCGCAACCUGCCCGCGGCGCAGUUUGCGACCGCGCUGGCGACCUACACAAAGGAGCACCUGCCGCUGUCGAGCAACACGGCGCGGCUCGCCAACCUCGAGGACGAGCGGCGGCGCGACGAGAUCGGGCACUGGGUGCUGCGGCUAUCCUUCUCGCGGAGCCCCGAGCUGCGCGCGCGCUUUGUGCGCGCCGAGACGGCGCUCUUCAAGCACCGCUUCGAGAGCGACGACGCAGGCGAGCGCGCCGCCUUCCUCCGCGGCCUGAGCCUCGACUGGGUCGUCGUCACGGACGACGAGAAGGCCGCGCUCGCGCCCAAGCUCCGCGCGUGCAUGCCGUGGAGCACCAAGGACGACGCGUUCCGCGCCGAGUCGUUCUUCAAGGUGCCGUGGAGCGGCGUGCCAGACCUCAUUGCCACGCGCCGCGUGUACGUGUCGGCAGGGUACGCGUACGUGCCGCAGUCGCUGCAGAUCAGCCUGGUGCUCCAGGCGUUCUCGACGCGCCUGGAGCGCGCGCUCGAGCACACGGCGCGUAACUUGCCCCGUAUGGACGAGGACGAGCGCCUCGGCCCCGUGAUUGACCACCUCGCCGCGAGCUUCCUCGCCGGCGUCGGCGCGGGCGACUAUGCGCCGACCGAGUCGGGCGCGGCGGUGACUGCCGAGAUGGUUGACGACGUCGCACGCAAGCACUUCCCGCCGUGCAUGCUCAACCUGUACGACCGGCUCAAGCGCGACCACCACCUGAAGCACUUUGGCCGGCUGCAGCUCGGCUUGUUCCUCAAGGGAAUCGGGCUGCCGCUCGACGAGGCGAUCGUGUUCUGGCGCCGCAUGUACGGGGCGACGAUGAGCGACGACAAGUUCAACAAGGAGUACAAGUACAACAUCCGCCACUCGUACGGCCAGGAGGGCCGGCGCGCAAACUACUCGCCCAAGAGCUGCCAGCAGAUCCUGACGGCCAACCAGCCCGGCACGCAGGACAGCCAUGGCUGCCCGUUCCGCCAUUUCUCGCCCGAGAACCUCCAGUCCUUCCUCGUCGACAAGUACCGCAUCGACCGGAGCGGGCCAGAGAUGCGCGAUAUCAUGGACAGCGUCAAGGCGAGCCACUACCACGUCGCGUGCACGCGCUUGUUCGAGGUCACGCACGGCGUCAAGAAGGGCGAGGGGCUGGGCAACGCAGAGAGCGUCAGCCAUCCCAACAAGUACACGGAUAGGAGUCGCGAGCUGGAGAAGGAGACACUCGCGGCCAAGGGCGAAGAUGUUGUCAUGGCCGAGGCGUGAGGUCGCGGGGCCAGCU